UGCAUACACUCAGCACUCGCAAUAUCUGCUGCUACAACUAACUGGUAUUUAUUUGCGCAACAUAUACAUUGCUGAGUGUUCAGUUGACUAUUUCCAUGCAAACUUCAUCACGAGGAUACCGGCAAGCGGAAAUACUACAACGAAAAUGCUGAUAUUGCUGCCGUUGUUGGGUGUGUUGUUUAACAGUCUGACCACAGCGCAUGUGGAGGCGAAUUUAAGUUUGGAAUUUAAGGCCACAAAGCUUUUGAGGCAACACAAUCCAGCAAACUGUACUGUUGGCAAUACAACAUAUGCACACGGACAGACAUUUAAAUUGGAUUGUAAAACACAAUGUGUCUGCGAGAAUGGUCGCCACGCCUGUUCAUCGCUGUGUCCGAAGGAGCAACUGCCGGCGCCAGAGGAUACGAUGUCUUGCAGAUCGCCACGUCUGGUGGAGGUGCCAGGCCAUUGCUGCAAAAUGUGGCUUUGUGAGAAUCCCACAGCUGAUGUAUACGCCACCUGCCACAAUGCCUCUACAAGUCCAUGGACGCCCUGCUCGCGGCCGUGUGGCCUUGGCAUUUCGACGCGCUUCACCAGCACGAAUACUGGUUGUCGGCAAUUGAGCAAUAUACGUCUGUGUGAAAAUCGCAAAUGCGAUGAAGACAAUAACAACAAAAACUACUCAACGUCACAACAGUCACAACUUGCGCAAAAAGUCGUAGCAGUACCGCAAAAGUAUGCGCACGAACAGCGACAACAACAAUUAAUUAGCCAUAAUGUGGCAAACAAUUUAGUUGCAAGAGAGCCUGAGGAUACUAAGGAUUUAAAAAAUUACCGUGCAUUGUUCGAGCAUAAGGAACAUCGAAUACGUAAAGGGCACGAGUGCCGCAGUUUGCAACGUCUGGGCCCGGCUCGUAUUCGCUUAGGUGCCUGCAUCUCACGAAAGCUGUAUCGACCGAAAUUAUGCGGACGUUGUCAUCAGCAUUCGGGAAAAUGCUGUACACCCUCGGUCUCAACAACCAUACAGGUUGAAUUGUUGUGUCCACUGAAGGCUGAUGAUCCAAUCAACCUUGCCGAACAGCAACAACCGGAAGGACAAGCGCCACUGCAAUUAUGGGACACAGUAUCGCUGGAGCCAAUCGAUCAGGAAUUCCUGCAAUCACAUCAAAUCCAAAUUGAAAAUAAAUUUAUUGCAGUUGAAUGGAUAUUGAAGUGCGAGUGUGGCAAAUAUGAAAAUUGUAACAACCUACAAAAAUACACCGCAACAAUGCAUAGCAGCUCAGGCAAUAAAAGCAACAACAGCUACAACAACCAAAAGCAGAGCAAAAACGACAGCAACAGCAACAACAGCAAAAGCAAUAACAAUGGUAGUUGGCAUACAAGUGGCGUUGUAGGUGACCGCAAUAAUAAUAAAAAUGCGGCGACAAACAUUAUCAGCGACACAACAUACAACUACAAAGAGAAUGCGUACAACAACAAUAAUAACGAUGUGAACAUGAGUAGCAGUGGCAAUAACAAGGGAAACAAGGGAAACAUGGCAAACAAUCACUACAACGAGCAAAGUAUUGAGGUGGACAAUGACAGUGAUAAUCGGUAUGUGCAACAGCAAGAACAGCAAGCGGAUACAGCACAACAAGAGCAGCAACAACGUUUAGUGUCGUCGGGUGAAUUGCAGCCAGACAUUAUACCAUAUCCGGCAAUGUUGCCGCCGCACCGCAACACUCAGCAACAAAACCAAACCCAAAUGGGCCAGUCAAAUGGUGACAAGAGAAACAGCAACAACAACAAAAAUAAAGACAGUAAAUACGAUAAUAGGAGUGGAAUCAAGGGAGGCAUUGUGGAUGGCACUGUCAGCGAUGACAGCAUGCGUAUGAACGCUGAACAUGACAACAAUAACAACAACAUAAAAACCAUAAAAAAUGUGGAUGUACCGAAUAAAAAUGAAAAUAAAAUUUUUGCUAGUUUUGCUUUUUAUCACCAUGACGGCAAUGAUGUCGACGACAAGCGUGAUGCUGGUCACAGUGCGAGCGACGAUUCAAGCAAGCAAUACGUUAGCGAUGGGCAGCAUCAAAACGCACUUAACAAGGAUGGAGAACAACAACAACAGCUGCAGCUACACAAACUUCAACGACUGCAGGAUUGGGAGAUGGAUCAAAAUUUACAUUAUCAAAAGCAGCAGCCACCAACAUCCGAGUCCAGUCUAGCGGCUUCGCACCAAUAUUAUCCGCAGCAUCAACAAAAGCACCAUCAACACCAUCAACAUCACCAUCACCAUCAUCAACAGCACCAUCAGCACCACUUACAUCACCACCAGCUAUAUCCGCACACACACCCGCACUCGCAUACGCCCCAGUAUCCGCCACAGUCCCAGCAACAUUUCCUUGAGCAACUACGACAACAGCAGGAGCAACCAAUCGAGCAGCAAACGUUCCACCAACGACGCUCAUAGCAACGCAGACGUGCACCACAAACGCAUCGCCAACGCUGGCCGCCACGCAAAGGACGAGGCAAAAGGAAAAAGAGCAAUGGAGCGAAACGACGCAUCAAUGGCAGCACAGUAGCGGUAAGGGAGGCGACAGGGGGAGUACUCCCGAUUGCCGCACAAAUGGGCACUUCAUAAAUAAAUAAAAGCGACAAACUGAUAAACCGGCGCAAAAGCAACAAAAUUAUGCAAGCGGGUGACAAAGACGCAAAAAACGAGUUAGUGAGAAAAAAUCUUAAUAAAAGAGGAGAAUGGGUCAGCAAGGAUGUGCAGUACUUGGAAGUUAACGGCAGGCGCACCACUGCCAAACGACUACGGCAGCAAAAAUAGUCGCUAUAAAAACCACCAAUAACAGCGCACUCGAGCAAAGUAAAAGGUAGUAAAGCGCACGGCGAACACAGAGCGCCACCAACGAACGAAUGAACAGACAAACAACAGACCGGCAACAAAGUUGCAACUUUUGCAUAUCACAAAGCAAAUAAAUUUUUCAUUUCCAAUGUGGAAAACAACAACAUUGCAAGGUGCAAAAAACAUCCGCCACACAAAAUAAUAAACAACAAACUGAUUUCAAAACAAAAAGGAACAAAACAACAACAACAAGUUAUCUAGCAUACAUUUAUUGUCGCUGCAAUGACCAGACAGCAGACUGAACACGAAAAAUAAAUAAAUUGAUAAAACUGCAGCGCAAACCGGACAAAAUAUUUUCGUCGUUGUUGUUGGCGUAUUUUUUAUUUUGUUCUCGUUAUUUUCUCAGCUGGUACUUCAGCUGGCAUAGACGUUAAUGGUAUCAACUGGCUGGCAGAUUUGCGCGGCUGCGGUUCGUUUGGCUGUCACACUUUAAAUUGCAAUUGCAGGAUGCAAGGAAGCGUAACGGUGAACAAGCAAGAUAAUACAAUACUUACACACAUAAGUAGCAAAUCUUUCAAAAAAAUUAUUUAAAAUUGCCAUAUUUUAGAUAAUGAAAUAAAAAAUGAGAUUCAUUACGCAGAGCGAUAUGCGGUUUUAAGGGGUCCCGGUGGUCUAGAGCUCGAAAAUUUAGGGUAUUUUCAGGAUUUUUUUAGAAUAAAAAAAUGUAAAACGAAAUUAAAAUUUCUUGGGCUUUUUAUUUAACUUCUUUUACAUGCAAGAAAAUAUAUAUUUUCAAUUUUAAUCAUUUUAAAAAUGGCGCUAAAGUUGACCCUUCCAAAUAAUUGGACCUGGACGGUGCUAACCAUUUUGGCACUUCUUUUUAUCUAAAACAUAAAAACCAAAAAUCAGUUUGACUGAAGCUAUCCGGUACUAGAAUAAAAAGAAAAAAAAAUUUGACAAAAUGGCGCGGUUUGUAUUCAGUUUUUUAAUCAAAAAAAUACGAAAUAGUUCAAAUGAUAAUAUGAUUCUAGUACAGGCGAUAGCCAUUGAUGUGAACAACAUAUUAAAAUUUCAGACAAUUCGGUUGAAUAGUCUUGUCUUUUAACAACACCAAGCCGAAAAAAGUAGUUUUGAUAUAAUUAGGCUUAAAGUUUUGAGAGUAGCCGCGUGACGAAUCUACCUGCUAAAACGGCUGUAGAAUCGAAAAAUACUAGGAAUAUCCUUCCACAAAUUUUACAGUAUAUUCUUAAAGCCCAUACUUUCGGAAUAUCAUAAAAAAAUCGAUUUUUGGAAAAUUCUAGACCACAGAGAUCCCUUAAGUGAAAAUAAAACCAAUAAACAAAAAAUGGCAAAAAAAAUUUGCAAAAACAAAAUUGUUUUUGUCUAAAGAGUAAAACAAAACAACAGAACAAACUGCUUGAUCAAAGAAAAAUAUUACCUUCUUGUACAAGAAUAUUUUUAAACUUUACAAUUUUUAUUGGGCCUGAUACUAUAGUCGAAAAUUUAAUAUCGAUUAACUCCGAAAACCCAAAUGACGAUAUACUUUGAUCGCACAUAAAAAUGCUUAAAAAGGGCUGAUCAAUUGAUACGCUCUCCACUUUGAAUUUAGGAGCAUUUUAUUUAUCUACUAAAUACAGGGUGGGGCAAAAGUAAUAGCAUAUCAUCACAAACCCCCGAUUAUACAAUAACAUUACUAAAAACCUCAACAAAUGUUUUUUUUUCUCGAAAUUAUAUAUCAGUAAGCCAGCCUUCAUUUUGAUCACAGGAGAACCCAGGAAAUCAUACAUACAUACAUACCUAUACAUAUAGUAUAUUCUGCAUCGAAAAAAUUUAGGUUAGAGCCGCUUUAUAAUAGAGCUGCUAAGCAAGGAACUGAGUGAGCGGAAAUGAAACCAGAGACAGGUGCGCAUAUCAGCUCAUUUAAGGAGAAAUGUAAAAUAGCUUUGCAAUUUUUUUUAGUAACUGAGACUUUAAGGGCCACAGCAGGAGCUGUAGUUUUUUUCUAAAAUAAUUGUUUGUCCCCGGUAUUUACCAAUUAUUUAUAUUCCUAAAGAUUAUGUUCAGCAAAGACUUUAAAGUACUCGAUUUCUGAAUUUUACUGCAAGACCGCCGGUACGCAGUGAGCUCCUUUUAAACGCGCUUAUGUAUUUUUGAAUGUUGGCCAGAUAGAUAGCUCAAGCAUUUUGGACCAAUUCACCUGACAGUUAGUAUAUAAUUACAAAUACAUUCUAAGGAAGUACGAAGGAUUUCUUUAUUAGUAAUUUUCUGAAACUUUUUGCUUGCUUUUCUUUUCUUGAAUUUUUUACGUUUUACAUAGAAAGUACUACGCUUUUUUGAGAAAAAUCUAAUAUAUUGGUCAGCAUCAGUCAGCACUACAACCCGGAGUGGGUUUUGGCUUGCUCCAAUAUCCUCUUCCUGGCUUCUGUAUCAUUUGCUAGUGGGAUCUAGUUUCUCACUCCUAAUGUUUUCAGAUCAUCUUUGACCCAAUUUAUACAUCUUUUUAUAAACUUCACAAUCGAUUUUAUAAACUUCACAAUAUCUUCUCCAUUCAGUAGACUGAGCAGUUCCGAGUUGCUUCGCAGCAUAUACUUGACUCUCUCAUUUCGCUUCGAGCUGAAGAUUUUUCGCAGUAUUUUCCUUUCGAAUACUUUUGGCAACGCUUCUCUCGGCCCUAUAUUGCUCUAGAUAAAAGUUUUGACUGAAACAGGUUCAUGUGAGCGUAAUAGGCUUUGUUUGCUGAAGUAAAAAGUCUUAAGUGAAGUAAAAAAUAUCAAGAUUUCUGCUAAAUAAAAAGUCCAUAGGGAUAAGAUCGGGCGACCAGAGUGGCCAGUAAGGGAAGUGGCCGUAUUGUUGGGGAAGAAGUAAGGCGGACGUGUGCGCCGUGUGUACUGAGGGAAGGAUGUUCGCUCGUUAUUGGCGUAUAAUAAUCGUUCAGAAUCGCCGAUAAGAGACACCGUCCAUAUAAAUGGCUUGUAUUCGAAAAAUUUCAAAACAAUAUGGUCCAAUUGUUCCACUGCAUGACAAUGCACACCAAACCGUCACUUUCGGAUUUUGAAAUGACUGCUGAUGUUUUAAUAGUGGGUUCUGAGUUCUGUCUUUUAAGUGCCUAAAAAUGCCAAUUUUGCUUAUUUACAUUUCCAUUAAAAGAAAAAUAUGUUUCGUCACGCCAAAAGAUAGUGUUGGCCGUACGAAAUCGGUCCAACAUUGUUGGACAAUUUGAACUUUGAUGGGAUGAAGUCUAGAAUCCUUCCGUCAUGCACGAUAGUUUUUGGAUGUCCCUGGUCAGGCGCUCUCUUGUGCAUGGACUGAUGCGAUUUAUCGUGCAAACUUGUAGUGGCGAUUCAAUAUUUUCAUUAACGUUGAUGUCCCGUUGAGGCCCUGCCUGUUGCCGGAACCUUCGCACCCAUAAACGAAUCAAAUCUUCAUUUGGGUCGUCACGUAAACGUCGAAUAUAAUAAAAUAAAUAAAAUCUACGGCAAGCAGUUGCACUUAAAUCAUUGGCCUUGAAAUACACUCCGAUUGUGAACGCACGUUAUUUACCCAACCAAUGCGACACCGUGAUUAAAUAUAUUGCACGAAUAACGCAGCUAACGCAGUUCCGCCCUCAGCUCAGCGAUAAGAGAAAAACUUAAAUUUGGAACCUAAUUCCACCACCAGACCCCGUACAAGUAUUUAAUGCCUAGUCGCUUGGUUUAACGAUUGGCCAUUUUGAUGCCACAAUUCAUAACUUCAGAAAGAAAAGGUGACAGCUGAAUGAAACCGUGCCGUGCAAGGGGGAAGUAGGUUAAGAUGAAGCAAGCAAAUGUUUUUUGCAUACUAGAAUUUACAAGAAAAUCUUACCAGAAAAUACUUUUCCUAAUUUCCAAUUUUUUUCAAAAAAUCGAUUUUUUCGUAUAUUUUAGAAUCUGGUGCAAAACUAUCCCAAAGAGUUAGGCGUAGUCAGGAACAAAAAAGGAGACAGUAUAUAUAUUUUUUUUUUUUUUGACAUUUAUCUAACUUAUUUAUUAAUUAUAUAGAAAAAGUCAUUUCGUAUAUAUUUUAACUUCAGUUCCUUGCGGUGACCAAUAGAACUUUGUGAUGACGCAUCUAAACUCAACAAAGAAAGAAAGUUAUUUUGCUUAAUGUUAAAUUCAAAAUUUAAUCGUAGGUUCUUUAACUUAUACUCGAAUUUAUAAAAAGUGUGCGGUUGAACCUCGUUGGCGGCUUCGUUUCUUGUUAUUUCCCUUGCCUUGCCUCAGCCUAAGAAUGUCAUAAAUAGAGAUCGGAUUUUUAUGCAAAUUGAAUAUUUUAUUAUGAUGAGUUUCUACCUAGGUGCGAACUUCAUGUGAUGUUAAACAAAAAUAUGCACUGCAUAAGAAUCCGAUGUCUAGUCAUAAAAUUAUUUCAGUAGCUUGAAUGUAAAAAUUCGAUUGGCUAAAAUCGUACAAGGUUGCUUGAUAUCGUUUUUGUGAGAUAUAAAGGUACUACAAUUUUGGAAAAUACAGUUUUCGGGCAAAUGCCUUCCAUAGCUUCUGCACUGACUUUGAAUUAUUAACCCAGUAGCUGGAUUCAAGGAGGAAGCAUCACAGUAUCGCUCUGCUGAAAACUUAUAUACUCUCUCACAGAUGUAUGUAUUUUGUUACAUAAGUGUGUACGUGAUAACUCGAUAACUUAAAUAAUUAGGGUCUAAGGGAAAGUGUGAAUACUUUAAAUGGCAGCAAAGGUUAAAAACAAUAAGCACAAAAGUAUAAAAACCAGUUAUAUUUGUGUUGGAAAAUAAAUCCAAAACUGGUGAAAUUAAAAUUAAAAAAAAAUACACAAAAAAUUUAAAAACAGAAAAGAAAUAUUUUUGCGAGCAAACAUAUACAUAAAACGAUAUUGAAACACUUAAAAAAAAUUAUUAAAAAAUGCAAUAAAAAAUAACAAAAUUAAUAAAUGGAAUUAUGUAGUUGCAAGAAACCUUAAGCUAAAUAAUUGUAAAAAUUCUUAGCUGUAAGCUAGCUAGUAAAGUUAAGAUAACACUGAAACCAAAACCAAAAACCAAAAAAAAAAAACACAAA